CCAUUGUCUAAUCCUCAGGUUAAGUAAGGCUUCAUGCAGUAGAGAUACAUGUCAUUCGCAUCUGUCGCAUCUCUUAACCAAGACAAACAAGCAUAAUGAAAGCAUGUCGGUGAAAAGUGCAAAGGGAGGACCAGAAAGUAGACCAUCAUCCGCUGCCAGCAUGUCUUCACGAGUGGGGAAGGGAGCAGCCACUGGCAGUUCGCCUGCUUCUGGGAGAUUCAAAAACAAGGCUCUUCAACUCAGCCUCUCCAAGAAAUUCUGCUCAAAGUCAAAGUCCCCCUUGGCCCAGGGGAAGGGCUCUGGGGAGGAGGAGCCAAGUCGGCACAGUAAAAGGAGCCUCAGCAACAGCUCAGCGGUGGCCGCUGCCUACAUUUCCUACCUCAAUAAACUCUUUGGACAGGAUAGAGAGCUAAUGCCAGAGGAGUUAGAUGAGCUCCAGGAGGCCUUCAAGGAAUUUGACUACGACGCGGAUGGCUUCAUUCAUUACAAAGACAUCGCAGACUGCAUGAGGACCAUGGGCUACAUGCCUACAGAGAUGGAGCUCAUCGAGAUCAUCCAGCAAAUCAAGAUGAAAUGGGGUGGUCAUGUAGACUUUGAUGAUUUCUGCGAGUUAAUGGGGCCUAGGAUGUUGGCAGAGACGGCUCAAAUGGUGGGGCUGAAGGAGGUCCGCUGUGCCUUCAAACAGUUUGACUGUGAUGGUGAUGGAAAGAUCACGCUUGAUGAGCUGAAGGAGGGCAUGAAGACCCUCCUGGGAGAGAAGCUGAAGAAAGGCGAGCUGGAGGAGAUCCUCAGCGACAUUGACCUCAACAAAGAUGGCAAAAUUGACUUUGAUGAGUUCGUUAUGAUGCUUUCUGCACGAUGACCUCUAAUCGAAGAUGCAGCUCACACUGGAUUCUCCUUCCUGCUAAUGUAAUUUGUUUUCUGUGACAUUAUGUAUUUGAAAUGUUUGAUAGAUUGAAAAACAAUAGCCAAAGAGAUCUGUUGGUUUUCAU